GAAAGCUACCUACACCACCAACAAUGUACAGCAAGAAAAAAAAGCUUGAAAAACCAGAUGUAUGUAAAAUCUGCCGGGACGGAGAAAACCUCCUUUGCUGUGAUACUUGUUCAAGAUUAUUUCACGGGGACUGUCACCUCCCACCUGUGCAGACUGAGAGGAGACCAUGGAGUUGCACCUUCUGCAGGAUAAAGAAGUCUUCAGGAAGUCAGCAGUGUCACAAGGAAUCUGAGGUCCUGGCAAGGCCGAUGGGGCCUGAGGAGCAGCUGAAAUGUGAGUUCCUCCUCUUGGAGAUCUACUGCCAUUCAGACAAUGACUGUUCUGAGAAGAUGUCACAUGAUAAUUAUACACCAGAGAUUUUUGAGUGCAUGAAAAAUCUUAAGAUGUUGAAUGAAAUUGGGAAGAAGCUACGUGAGCAGUGGUACCCUAAUGUGGAGGGAUUUAUGAGGGACAUGCGGCUCAUCUUUCAGAAUCACAGGGCAUUUAAUAAGUGCAAAGAUUUGUUCUUACUGGGAAUUACACUGGAGAAGAAAUUUGAGAAGAAUUUUACAGAAGUGUUUGCUAUUCAGGAAAUAAAAUAAGAACACACAGUCAACAAAAUUUAAAGAAAAAACAAUGCAUACACAAAAAUUAGGAGUUCAGCAACAAAAAGGAAACUACUCAAAGGAGAAACAGACAUCUUAGAGCUAAAGAAGACAAUGACUACACUGAAGAAUUUAAUAGAGAGCUUCAAGAGCAGCUCAGUUAAGUUUCAGAAAGAAUCUGUGAGCUAGAAGAUAGGUUAUUUGAAAUCAUCCAGUCAGAGGAGCAAAGGAGAAUGAUAAAGAGUAAAGGCUGCCCAUAGGACUUAGAGGACAUUAUCAAGGGAAUGUAUAAGAAAAAGAAAGGAAUAAAAAGUCUAUUUAAAGCAAUAUUGAUUGAAAAUUUCUAGAUUUGGGGAGAGAUACAGAAAGCCAUAUUCUUUCAGCCCAAAGGCCCCAUAGAUUCAACUUGAAAAGGGAUGCACUAACAUCCCAUAUAGCUAAACUGUCAAAAUUUAAAGACAAAAAGAGAGUUUUGAAAACAGCAAUAGAAAAGUGAUUUGUCAAAUACAAUGGAUACUUUGCAAGUCAAGAGAGUGAAUGAUAUUGGAAAAUAUUAAAAGCAAAGAACUGUUAAUGAGGAAUAGUACCAGCAAAACUGUCCUGUAGAAUUAUAGGAGAAAUAGGCCUAUCCAAGCAAAUGGAAGCUGAGGGCAUUCAUCACCACUAGAACAGCCUGGUAGCUCAGUUUGAUUGAACAUUGUCCCAAUACACCAUUGUCGCAGGUUCGAUACCCAAUCAGGGCACAUACCAGAAUUAACCAAUGCUUACAUACAUAGAUGGAACAACAAUUGAUUACUCUCUUUCUUGCUGUUUUCCUCUCUCACUCUUUAAAUUCAAUAAAUAAAGAAAUAAAGAAAGAAAAUUAUAUUUAAAAGAAGAAAUGCUAAUGGGCUUCCUUUGGGCUAAAAUAAAAAGAAUGUAAUUAAUACUGCACAUUUUUAAAAAAAUGACCUGAACUCUCCACUCUACACAGUUGGCUGCUCUUUCUUCCUUUGUUACAUGCACAGGGAAUUUAAAGCAGGAAAGAGGUAGAGAGAAGGCUGUGACCCAAAUCCCUUUGAAAUAUUUGGUUGCAUAAUAAGCUCUUAAAGCAAAAACCAGAUUCAACAACCAUAACUCGACCUCCUUCUUUAAUAUAGAUAAAAAACAAUCUUAACUUUCAGCCACAACUUAUAUGUCUCAUAUGUGUAAAUGGUUUUAAUAUGAACUGCAACUGAAAUUCAAAAUAAAUUUCAUUUUUUCUCCAGG